AGACCUCCAAUCUUCUCUCUCUCUGGAACUGCAACAUCUACCCUAGAGCCAAAAUGAGUGAGGCUUGGAGACUCUGUUGCCUUUUGAUUGCUGUCCUGUCCACCUCCUUGACCAGUGCUGGAUCCCUUCGCAGCCGGAUCGUUGGAGGCCGCGAAGUGAAGCCGCACUCCAGACCUUACAUGGCAGCUCUGAAAAUUAACGGAGAUUUUGGAUGUGGGGGGUUCCUUAUUGCCCCCCAGUGGGUGUUGUCGGCAGGCCAUUGCAACGGAGAUAUUUCCGUCAUUUUGGGCGCGCACGAUCUGAAUGCUGUUGAAGAGACCCAGCAAGUGUUUGGAGUCAUAAGCUAUUACCAACAUCCCGGUUAUUCCAUAGUAGCGGGUAUCCCUUUCAAUGACAUCCUUCUGCUGAAGCUGGACCGUGAAGCUCAACUGAAUGAAUACGUCCAAAUGAUCCCUAUUCCAAAGUCCAUGGAUGACAUUCCUAAAAACACCCGAUGCUCUGUGGCAGGAUGGGGCCGAAUCGAUGCCACAUAUUUUCCCACACCGAAACUCUUUGAGACCAACGUGACGGCCCUCGGCCGUAGAAAAUGUCUCCAGUUUGAUCCAGAACUUACUGACGGGAUGUUGUGCGCUGGUAGUCGGUCCACGCUCUGCGAUGUCAGCAAUGGGGAUUCUGGGAGUGCCUUGCUCUGCAACGGGGUGGCCCACGGCAUCGUCUCCUAUGGCUUCCAGAUCCCGCCUUCCAUAUACACCCGCGUGGCUUUCUACCUUCCUUGGAUCCAGGCGACCAUGAAUGGACCCUGAUGACGAGAGAGCGAAACCUAUUGCAGCCUUUCAAUGCGUCUUUUUCGGUUGCCUUUGCUUCCCGGGUGCUUUGCAGCUGCUAAAAAGAAUUUUGCAACACAGAAAGUCUUGAGGGGGGCGGGGGGGCGAUCUUUGAUUAGGGGCAUUGGGCAUGUUAUAAAGUUAGCCUUUUGAUCUGCGCAAAAUAAAGUCUUCCCUUAUCACUUACUAGAGCAGUUGUUGGUUCUUCCCAACCCACAUCCUUGCUACUAGCUUUUUUUCUUUUCUGCAAAUUGCUGGGUCCAUUUACAGGUAGCCCUUGACUUACGACCGCAAAAUUUGAGCCCAAAAUUUCUGUUGCUAAGCAAGACAGUUGUUAAAUGAGUUUUGGGCCAUUUUAUGACCUUUCUUGCCACAGUUGUUAAGUGAAUCACUGUAGUUGUUAAGUUAAUAAUGCAGUUAAGUGAGGGGGGGUCACGUGAUCUACAUUUAUUACUGGAUUACUGCAAUGCUCUCUACAUGGGGCUCCCCUUGAAGACUACCGGGAGACUUCAACUGGUACAGAAUGCGGCUGCGCGGGGGAUAGAGGGAGCGUCUCGGAGCUUCCAUAUAACACCUCUCCUAUGCAAGCUGCACUGGUUGCCAGUGGUUUUCCGCGUGCAAUUCAAGGUGUUGGCAUAGGACCAGGUUACUUACGGGACCGCCUACUGCCGCCAAUAGCCUCCCAUCGACCUGUGCGCUCCCACAGGGAGGGUCUCCUCGGGGUGCCGUCAGCUAAACAAUGUCGGCUGGCGGCCCCCAGGGGAAGAGCCUUCUCUGUUGGGGCACCUACCCUAUGGAACGAACUGCCUCUGGGGCUACGCCUUCUUCCCGACCUCUGGGCCUUUAAGCGCGAGCUCAAGACUUUUUUUUGUUUCAACGAGCAGGGUUGGCCUAAGAAUAAUUUUUAAUUGAGUGGUUUUAUUUCUUGUUAUUUUAAUAUCCGGCCUUAUGGUUUCAGAUUUUUAAAUUUCAAAUAUUGUGUUUUAAUUUUUGUAUAUGUCUUUUUAACUUGGCUGUAAACCGCCCUGAGUCUUCGGAGAAGGGCGGUAUAGAAAUGUAAAUAAUAAAUAAUAAAUAAAUUUGGGACCUUUCCAGCCAGCUUUCAACAAAGUCAAGGCGGGAAGGCACCUUUGCUUAACAACCGCAGUGAUUCGCUUAACAACCUUGGGAAAAAUAAUGAGCAUGGCUCUCUUCACAACUGCUUUGAUUAGAAACAGAAAUUCUGGUCCCCACUGUCAGUAUACGUUGACUACUUAGAGUUGCGUCUGCAAAAAAAUGGUUUUGAACUUAAUCCUGGUUUAUUUCAUUCAUGUAAUCUGGAAGAUUCACACAGCGCAGUGAACUGGAAACUAACAAGGUUUGGCUUACUAGACACAAUAGAUAAAAUGUGGUUAGCUAAUUUGGGUGGACUGUCUUCCCCACCCCAAUCAAAUCAGUCCCCCUCAGUGUUUCUCGAUCUUAGUGAUUUUAAGAUGUGUGGAUUUCAACUCCCAGAAUUCGGGGAAUUGAGGUCCCCACCUCUUAAAGUCAAAAAUAGAAUAGAAUAGAAUAGAAUUUUUAUUGGCCAAGUGUGAUUGGACACACAAGGAAUUUGUCUUGGUGCAUACGCUCUCAGUGUACAUAAAAGAAAAGAUACCUUCAUCAAGGUACAACACUUGCAACACAAUUGAUGGUCAAUAUAUCAAUAUAAAUCAUAAGGAUUGCCAGCAACAAGUUAUAGUCAUACAGUCAUAAAUGGAAAGAGAUUGGUGAUGGGAACUAUGGGAAGAUUAAUAGUAGUGCAGAUUCAGUAAAUAGUUUGACAGUGUUGAUGGAAUUAUUUAUUUAGCAGAGUGAUGGCCUUCGGGAAAAAACUGUUCUUGUGUCUAGUUGUUCUGGUGUGCAGUGCUCUAUAGCGUCGUUUUGAGGGUAGGAGUUGAAACAGUUUAUGUCCAGGAUGCGAGGGAUCUGCAAAUAUUUUCACGGCCCUCUUCUUGAUUCGUGCAGGAUACAGGUCCUCAAUGGAAGGCAGGUUGGUAGCAAUUAUUUUUUCUGCAGUUCUAAAGGUGAAGAAAUAGUGACAUCAUCAUCAUCAUAGCCUAUCAAAUCAGCACAACCUCUGCAUUUCUGCCUUCUUCGACCUUCCAUAAGGAGAAAGAGUGUUCCAAGUGAUAAGAGGGUUGGAUAGAUAUCCUUUUAAAGCCCCUCCGACAGCUCUGUGCUCCCCCCCACCCCCGAUGUCAACAUUGUUCAGUUCGCAAGAAUAACGUGCUCCUUCCUGUGAAUGAAAACCAGAAGGCCUCUUACUCUGUAACCACAAACAUCUGUGUGUAUUUUUUUUUUUUUUUACGUCUGCCUCAAAAUUAAUUCCUUGGUACUGCUGUGCUACACCCUUC